AAGCAAUGCUGUGCGGGCGUGGGCGGGUUUACACGUGCUAUGACGUCAGAGGUCACUCCUUCCUAAUCUGAUCGGCUCUAGAACCUCGCCGAACUUUCUCCCGUUUUCCACCACCGACGAUGACCAUCUUGACAUCAUCGCCGGUGGUGUAUAUAAUCUGCGGCUUAUCCACGCCACCUUUCUCAGAUUCACUGUUAUCACAAUCUACCACUCGUACAUCUUCUCACCCACAACACUCUAUCACCUGAAGAUGUUCUACUACCCAAGACAACAAGGCGGCUACGGAGGCUAUGGCGCGUAUGACCCCUAUGCGGUGGCUCGGCAACGCGAGCUCCAACGUCAGCAACUUCUGGCGCAGGAGCGCGAACGUCAACGUCUGGCGCACAUCCAGCGCCAGCGCCAGUAUGAGGCUCUCGAACGCGAACGCCUCUCCCACCAGUACUCGCCUUACGGACCGUCAACCGAUCAAUAUGAUCCCGAUUACGAAGAAAACGAGGAUGAGGACGACUCGGAAGUCUACCAAUACCUGACUCCUCGUCAGCGUGCUAUGAUGCAGGCGAAACGUCGUCAGUUAGUUAUGGAGGACCAGCGUAGGGCUCAAGUCCAAGCCCAGCGGCAGGCGGAUGCGCAGCGACAGCGCGCGGCUUCGCAGUCUCCGCAGCGCCCAACUGUGCCCGAGGACGCUUCCAUUCCCAUUCCCAGCGAUGCCGCGCCUAUGACAUCCCCUGAAACCACUCCAUCUCCCCCGCCACAUCUUUCCCCCACUGCCUCCACCUCUUCCUCCAAAACCACCUUCUCUGCUGAGCAGCGCGAGGAGGCGGCAUCCACCAUCCAACGCGCAUUCCGCGUUUAUCGCGCUCUUCGUACCAUCUCCGAUUUCGAAAUGCGCUUUGAGGCUAUAAGGCGCGAGUUUUGUCCACCUACGACGCUCGAGUACAUUGUCGACGGCCAAGUCGUCUCUGUGCCCGUUCCACAGGUUCUAUCUGCCAUUCGAUCGGACGCGGUUCCAUCGGACGACGUGGAGCAAGAGGCUGCGCGCACACCGAAACUCGCCUACACCGCUCCUUCACGUCCUAUACAUGGCCACCUCGACGCUCUCUCUAAACUUCUCAUCGCACUAGACGGCGUCGAGAGCUUCGGCGACAAGCAUGUCCGGGAGCGGCGCAAGUCUGUGGUCGGACGCGUGGAGCAAGAGGCACGGGCUGUGGAGAUUUGGGUUCGAGAUGUUUGGGCUUCGCAGCUUCAGUCCGAUGUGACGCAGGAGGAGGAUGAAGUCCGCGACAUGGUCGUUGACCCCGCUCACUCCGCUGAAGACCAGGAAGAUGAGGAUGACGACGCAGAGUUCGUCACACCGCCCGGGACUCCAGCGACCGAGCCACUGCCUCUCGUUGGCGACGACGACUUCGUGAUGAUAUAGAGCCAGAAGUGAUCUGUUAUCGGUUUCAUUGGUUGUCUACCACACAUGUACAAUAUACACAAUGCCUCAUAUAUUCUUCAUCUUACAGUAUGUAAAAAUUUCAAUCCCACUCUGAUUUAAUGAUUUGUAUUCCAUACACACGUCCUUCGACUGCACCAAUACGGAUUCUGCCGAGAUUCGGACAAGACUAGGCUGAAUGUGAAGUGCACCUGCAACGUUAAGACUAGGACGAUACAGGCUUGGUCCCAGCUGGCUUGAAAUGGUAAUUCAGAGUCAAUUGCGGACCCUUUACAUCCAGAUGAGGCGGACUGGACCUGGGCAGCGAGUGUUCAGCUUUCGACCAAAGAGGAUGCAGCGCUUCAGCUUUCGCUCUGAACUCGGCCUCACGAGUUUGAAUCAGCCGUAUCUCCCAGUCUGGCAGCUGCCUCCUCUCUAGGAAGAUCGGCUCCGUGUAGCGAUAAAAGUCCAUUGGAUCUGACUCCGCUGGACUGUUAGGGAGCCGCUUGAGUGCGAAGUCGACCGCGGGCUGAGCCCCUUGACGUUUCUUCUCCACUCGCUUCGUCGUCUUCAGUAUACAAAGCGGCUCGAACGGAACUUCCAUCCCUUCCGAGGGCCGGACCGCGUUCUCAUUUACACCAUGUUGAGUGAGCGAGAGUAUUGUCUUGACGCGCAGCAUGUACGGAUGGCCUGAUGUCUUGUCGCCGCGGACGAGAGUGACCACACCACUGCCUUGGGACUCUAGUCAGUCACAACGGCCAGCACCAUAAACAUUGUGAAUCACCAGUGAAAGGACUCUUAGGCUUGCCCCGCUUGUUGUACCACGGAUGAGUCACCAUCACUGGCACCGGCGGAUAGCCCGGGGGCAGAAGAUAUAUUCUCGAGUACUCCGUCUGCCAGUCAACCGGCCAGCUCUGCCCAAAUGCCGAGACCCAGUUGGAGUCCCGUAUAACGUCGAGGUUCACCAAGGCCUUCUGCAGAUGCGGCGGAGCGAACCCAUCACGAACAAGAAUCCCAAGGAGCUGAUCCUGAUAAUGCGCGCGCGUGGCGAUCUCGUCUAUGGGGAUAGCCCAAGGAAGUCCGUGAGGCAUGAGCAGAUCCUUUCCUUGCAGAAAUCCAUCGCGAGUCGGGGUGUCGGUCACUCGGAAACGGAGCCCUCCGUUGAUCGGCGAUUCUUUCGCAGGGGAGUGAUAAUAAAAGAACCCCCGCAGGUCCUCCGGCCACGGAAUGUGGCUCGUAACGAGCUGUUGUCCAAACUGCCGCAUGUGGGGAUCCAUUUUCUGGUCUCGUGCAAUGCGACGGUAUAGAUUGAUGUCGGCGAGCGCGGAUUUAGAGAUGUCGAUGAAGUGGCGGUCUGUAAUAUUCUGAGGGUGAAAUGUGUCGAUGUUUUCGGGUAGCUGUUUGGAACGUUAUGCCGUGGCCCGCUCCGUUCUUGAGUGUUUGAGUACCUUGAAUUUCUGGAUCACGUUGGGAGACUUGGCCUUGAGGACCGGACUCGACCAGCGGUACAUGAUUUCGUUGACAUAGAAAGCCCGACGCUGGCAUGUUGAUGCACUGUAAAGCGCGUGCAGAGCGCGCCGCUUGCAAAUGGGCGAGCGCGUAAAAAGGUGCACCAAGAAAGUCAUUCGUGACGAGAGUACCAAGCACGACCACGUGAUCAAGCGUCCUUGAUGGGAUCAGCGACGGUUUCCCUCAGAGCCACCACCUAACUCAACUCCAUACUAGAAAGUGUUGGCUCUGCCAACAUUAUGCCUUGCUUGCUAAUUAAAUCUAUAUGAUCAAAUUUAUAUACAAUAAAAC